AUGGGGUGGAAGCGGAGGAGGGAGAAGGACGAGAGGGAGGCUCAACCAAAUGAAGGCCUUUAUCUGUUGCAGAAAAUAACGGGAAAAUACGCUGCUCAGCUUGCUGCACUCAGCUCCAUUCAUCCUGUUGGGGUGGUGUUAGUGGGGUUCAUAGCAGAUGACAAGCUUGCCCCUUGGGAUUCAACUAUCGCAUUUACGAGCUCACCAAUGAUUGCGGAAAUGGUCAAAGCUAUGGGCCUACCCCUCACAGAGGAUAGUGCCUUAGCCAUGAGGAACUUCUACAACAGGAUAAAGGCAUUCAGCCCAUAUCAACCCGAUGCCAUUAAACAGAGGUAUGAGCAAUUUGUCUCCUAG